GGGCCAUGGCAGGAGCCGAGGGGGAGUAGCCACGGCUGGAGAGGCAGAUCCAUGGAUGGGACACGUGUGGGGCAGGAUGCCAUGAAGAACUGCACUGACCUGGAGUACUGGGACACCCUCGUUUCCCAGUGCAUCCCCUGCAGCCUCGCCUGCAGGCAGUCCCCGGCCAGGAGGUGUGAUGCUGUGUGUGAGUCCAUGGACUGCAACAAGAGACCUGGAUUUUACUACGACGACCUUGUGAAGAACUGCAUCGAGUGCAGCUCGGUGUGCGGGCAGCACCCCAAGGAAUGUGCCCUGUCCUGCGACCGUGAGGUGUCUGAGCUGCCCCUUCUCUCCUGCCCCACAGCCACGCCCGCAGGGCCGGCGGCAGGGCUGGAGCAGAAGGCGUGUGCGGAGCAGGAGCCGUGGCUGGUGCUGUACCUGCUGCUGGGGCUCUGCCUCUGCUCCCUCAUCUGCUCCCUGCUCCUGGGCUGGACCCACCUGCGCAGGAAGGGAGAGGGGGUCUCCUGCCAGGCCAGCGCUGGGACCUGCCACCGCCGGGAGGACCCUGCCAAAGAUCGGCUGGUGGAAGCUGGCAGUGUUGGUGACGGAUUCACCAGCAUCAGAAUCCCAGAGCCAGUGGAAACCUGUGGCUUCUGCUUCCCUGGACAUGGCUCUGCUGUACAAGAGACCAAAUCCUGUCACAGCAGCUCCUGUCACCCUGGGGAAAGAGCUGCUCCCUCCUUCUCCGGGAUCUGCAGCACGGGAAGCGCUGGGGCCAUUCCCAGCCCUGACGACGGCCACUUCAAAAUCAUCUGUUCUCCUUCCCAAGAGAAGACACCCAUGGUGUGAGGACAGUGGAUGUUCCAGCACGGGAUCAGAACGGAGGGAUGCUCCCUCUGCCCCCGAAUCAAAGCUGCUUCUCUGUUGCCAGUGCCUGGAACAGCCUCUACCCAGCCCAGGCUGUGCCAAGGGCUGUAGGAUACGCACGGGGUUGGAGGUUGCACAGAGCUGUUUGCUUCCACUCAGGAAACUGAAUUCCCUCUAUUCCUGAGCACUCCCAGUGAAAGAAGUCGCUUCCCAUGUAGCAGCAUCUGACUUCAUCCUCCAGCUUGCCCUGGGUGCAUCCUGGCCAUUGGGGACAUCUCAUGGGGCCUUUUCAUCCUGGUUCCACCACCAGCAUCCCUGCAAAGGAUCAGGUGGUGCCCACUGGUCCCCAUGGAG